ACACAGCAUCUAUAUUAACUAAUGGAAAAAUAUUAGUUACUGGUGGAACUGGUAAUAGCAGUGCUUUAAAUAGUACUGAAGUGUAUGACCCAUUAACAAGUGCUUGGACAAUUACUAGUAAUAUGAAUAAUGCACGAGAUUGGCACACAGCAUCUGUAUUAUCGAAUGGAAGAGUAUUAGUUGCUGGUGGAGGCAAUGGUAAUGUUUUAAAUAGUGCUGAGCUGUAUGAUCCAUUAGCAAAUACUUGGACAACUACUAGUAACAUGACUAAUGCACGAUCUCAACACACGGCAUCUGUUUUAUCAAAUGGAAAAGUAUUAGCUACUGGUGGAUACAAUGGUAAUACUGGUUUUUUAAAUAGUGCAGAAUUAUAUUAA